GAGUGCUGAGAUAGUGAAAUACUGCAAAUACUUUGACAAACAGAGCGAAUCCAAAGCAAACAAGAUUCACUUCAUCUCUCCAUUCCCGUUUUCUCGAUCUUCACUGCUCCACGCCGACGCAAUCUUCUGAUUCAAGCCCCACCGGAGCAUCACCGGCGCUAUAAAUGAUUUAUGAUCAAUACUCAGAUUCGGACCUGAGAUUGAGAGAAAGGAACGGCGGAAUCGUGCUUUGUUUCUUUUAGUUAGAAUUUCUGGAAUGUUCACGAACGGGACGGAGGGAGAGCUUGCAAUGUUGCUCGAUAUGCGAACGAUUGAGAAGGAGAUGGAUAGUCAGACUCUGCUACAUCGGAGCUAUUCGGAGGAUCUUGAUCCUAAUUCAGAAACCGUUUCGUUUUCCAGUGCCGAACCUAACAAUAAUGGUGUUUGUUCACCCGUCUCCAAGAAUGUUGUAUCACCCGUUCCACCGCGGAAGAUCAGAGCGGAGGAUUUUAUGGAUUCAGAAAAUGAAAAAUCUGAGUACGAAUGGCUCCUUACACCACCUGGUACCCCACUGUUUUCAUCAAUGGAGUCGGAAUCACAGAAAAAUCCUACAAGUAAGAAUGAUAUGCUGAAUUCUCGUUCCACUGCUCUGAAACCGAGGCUUGUGAACAUCCAGGAAGAGUCUAACUCGGUGAGUAACAUAGCGAAUUUGCAAUCUGGACAACUGAAUUCUUCAUGUGCUAGCAAUAGAAAGGCCUCAUCAAAGGCUUCUGCAGCUACUGCUUCCAGAUCUGCGACACCAACUUCACGGCCGACUUUAACUAAAAGUACAAAGCCUACAAGAUCAGCCACGCCAACUUCACGAGUCAAUGUUAAAGCUUCAGUCCCUCCAGUGAGAUCUUCGACGACGGCGAAAACCACUGCUCGGUCAUCAACACCAUCUGAAAGAUCCGUGUCGACUACGAAGAAAAUAUCAAGGUCAGCAACGCCUAAUCGUUGUCCAUCAAAUCCAACAUGUUCGUCUAUCACUUCACGUCCUAAUGAACGAUCAUCUUCGACCUCGAAGUUUAAUGCUAGAAGCUCUAGUAAUCCAAGACCUUCGAGAGGCACCUUUCCAUCGAUUAUGACCAGACCUUCAAAACCCUCUGAGGUGCUAAAUUUUCCACUUGAUGAAGCUGCACGUCCAUUAUCAGAAAGGCCAGCUUCAGCCACAAGGGGAAGGCCAGUUGCAGCCAGUAGUGCUAAAUCAUCAUCCCUUAGGGCUAUGUCAAAUGGGAAAACUCGGCAGAAACCAAGCUCUCCUUCGAAGCAACUUGCCUCAAACAGAAGUAGUGCAUACAACAGUGGUAAAGUAUUUCCAUUCAAGCCGAGAAUACGUUCCUCUGAUGAAAAUGAGGUUAGCCCGGUGGUCAUGGGAACAAAGAUGGUUGAAAGGGUAGUAAACAUGAGGAAGCUCGCCCCUCCGAAGCAAGGCAGCUACCGCUCGAGCAGUGGUGAUCCUUCCAGCAAGUCGUCGUCUAUUGACGCCACUGGCUUCGGAAGGACACUUUCUAACAAAUCACUAGAUAUGGCUUUGAGGCACAUGGAUAUAACACUUAGCAUUUCUGGUAAAGUACGUCCAGUGGUUACAAAAACUCAGGCCUCCUCCAUCGACAGUGGCAGUUCGAGGUCUGCAAAAGUCGGAACGAUUGGAGUUUCAGACUCUCCCCUUGCUACAAGCAGCAAUGGCAGUUCUGCUCCGAGCGCAUGGGGUAGUUCCAUUCGUCUGGACGGCAGUGAAACUGAAGACACCGACAUUGCCACCGAGACAUUGUCGUCGUAGGGAAUCCCUCUCCUGGCGAGCUAUGUAGGCAACAUUACCAGGUUCGUUCUCGGCUGCAAGUUUUUUUAGCAGUUUAUAUAACUCAUGGAUCCAUUGUAAGGGAAGCAAAUACAUAUUAGCGAUGUAAAAUCUAUCAUUAGUGUUAGAAUUUAUAGUAAUUGUCCGAUAAUUCUAUGAUAUAUCAGAGUGUUGUGAAGAAAAAGAAAUUGUAUUUUAAGAUUUGGAAUUUGAAGAGCUCCUUCAUAUGAAAUUUGUUGCUGUGUUGUGUAG